AUGAUGGGCAACUACGAGUAUACCACGGACACCCGCCGGAUGCCGUACGACGACGACCGGCGAACCGAUCAGACGAACUACGGCGCAGAUAUGCGGGACAGUAUUAGCUCCAUGGGGCCACGUAGUGGAUACGCUAGGACCAACGGGGUCACCUUCCACGAUAGCGUGGAGUGCGUGUGCGGUGCCAGACAGCACAUGCAAAGGCUGCAACAGGAUAUAAAAAGGAGAGGAAAACAAAUCGACCAGGACCAAUCCAAGGUCAGGCACAGAUUUGAUGAACUGAAAAAGCGAGAAAAAAAACUCAACGAUCUCGAGAGGGAACUGCUCCUCAGGGAGGAGGAAAUGAAAAGCUACAAAAUAUACCUGCAGGAUAAACAACAUAGCAUAAGCCAAAUGCAGCAGCAGAAUGAUGCCGCACAGCGUGAGUUGCUUCAAAGAUUAGACGAAUGCGCGGCACUCGAGGAUGAAUGCAGACGCAGGCUGGCAGAAUAUGAAAGCGGUCUCGCUGACGUCGGCAGGAGAGAGGCGGCUGUCAACGAAACCGCCAGAUCGCUCAAUUCAAGAAAGGACGAAAUUGAUCGGGUGGAACACACGCUGCUAAUAGAAACUGACAGGUUGAAAGAAAUCCGUGAUCAGUGCGCCGAAGCGCGCGAACAGGUUGCGCAGGAGGUGAAACAGCACAGGCGGCGCAUGGAGGAGGAAAUCGAAGAGGCAGAAGCACAAAAGAAGAAAAUACUGGAGAUGGAAAAUACAUUCUUGGACGAAAAGGCCGCAUUCGAUGAUUACGUGAGGGCAAAAAAGAGAGAACUGGAACACAGAAUCAAGGAAGUCACGGAUUCCAACGACGCCAGUGAGGCCAUAGCAAAUGACCUGAAAAAACGAGAGGAAGUGCUCAACCAUGACGUGCAACGAUUGCAAACCGAGCGCGAAGAGAUGAAACUCGCCAGGGAGAAAAUAAAAGCCGAGUGGGAUAAAGUCAAUCAAGCGCUGGAGGAAAUCAGAAACGCGAAGAGCGAGCUCAAGAGUAUCAAACGUGCCUGUACCAAACAGAAGCGCCUGCUAGACGACGAAAUCGAAAACCAGACCCGACAACUGCAAACGUCAGCGUCGGAGCAAUUCCAGUACAACCAAUCGCCCAUAACGCAUGAGGCAUACUUGGACAUUAAGCAGGCGGAGAUCGAGUUGCAAACACGCGCCAAGCAGGUGGAACUCGCUGCGGAAGAGCUCAAGGCAAAACAAAUGGAGCUCUCCGAGUACGCGGCGCAACUCAAGCAGCGCGAACUCACCAUCAAGGAAGCCGAACACAAACUUGAACGAUACCAAGAUGCGCUAGAUGCGCGAGAAAAGGAAUUGGAAGAACUUCAGGCGGAGCUCAUGAACUCAAGGAACAUGUCGCAGCAGCAAGAGGCGCAAAUGCAGGAGUACAAGGAGCAGAUGGCCCUCCUGGCAAUCGAACGAAAUAGUUUGGAGGGGCAAAAGGCGCAGUUCGAGAGACAUAGGUUGGCAAAAGAGGCGGAACUUAAUGCCGCGAGACAGCGACUGGAGAGGAAGGAACAGGAACUGGAUGAGAAAAUCGCCAAGUAUCGAGGAAUCAAAGACUCGCAACACCUCGAGAACCGGAUUGAGGGUAUUCGGGCCGCGCAACCGUCUAAAAAGAGUGCAAAUCGACCGUUCUCAAUACCACCCAAGAACGGCGGCGCAUCGCAUUCAAAAUAUUCGGACCGCAUCGCAUAA